UCAACACAAACAAUUCUUCGUGUGUAAAAAUUUUUUAAUAUAAAAGACGCUGAGCAGUGGAAGUGGAGGUCAGUACGGAGCCACAUUUGCCGAUUGUUGGUGAGAAAGAUCAAAAGUGAGUUAUUGACUGCCAUCAGUACAUUAUUGAGUGAACAUGAAGAGCCAUCAGACUAUAGUGUGGUCGUGCCUUUUAAUUGCUGCAACAAGUGCAUCAUCUGUUGCUCGGCACCCCGAUGCACCUUCCGCUGUGCAAGAGGUUCAUCCACUCUUGCGCAUUAGGAGACAGUCUACCGGAACGGGAGGGCUAUGUGUUCCCGAGGGAGGCUACUGCACAAAACAAUUCCACUGCUGCUCUGGGAUUUGCCAGACAUUCUCCUACAAAUGCGUCCCUCGUCAUUCACAAGGGGCACAAAUUGAUCUCGUAUCGAUGAUCAUUGAGUCCACAUCCGGUGCAUUUGGCGGUCUUGAAAAUCGUUUUGGAGAAAAUAACACAGCUCCAGUUUGUGCCAAGGAUGGCGAAUACUGCCAAAUGAGCGCACAGUGUUGCUCUCGCAGAUGCCUCAGCUACUCCUACAAGUGUGUUCCUGAUCACUCUCUCGUCCCUCCAGAUGGAUCAUCCAAUUCCCCAGUUGCUAGUAUUCCACAGAAUGUCAUUACAAUUGAGGAGCUCAUUAGCAAUCGUUUUGGUGAACCUAGUGCCACAGCAAAUGCCAGUGGGGGCUCGUGUCUUUCCAAUGGUGUUGCAUGCUCAGACUCCAAUAAAUGCUGUUCAAAGUUUUGUGCUCAGGCAACGUUGAAUUCCCGCGUAUGCAUCCCAAGGAGCAAUGAAGUUCGUCCUCAAGGCCCCCAAACGCAACCACCGUCUACAGCACUGGUGCCACAGUCCCCACAGAAUCCUCCAGUUGACUAUGCAUCUUCCGAAGAAUCAUCCAAUCCAACAGGAUGUGAGCCAAUUGGCAGAAAGUGCUACAUCCACGAAGAAUGCUGCAGCCGGCGCUGUCAUGGGUUUUUACACCAGUGCGUCACAUAAGAUUCAACUUGCUUCAUAAAACCCACACACACCUCUAAAAGGAAAACAUUUAUCAUGAACAAGUUUCUCUCUCGUGCACGUUUUAUAGAUGCCGAGAAGUAAAAACAAUACGAAUUUUAUGCAAAAUAAUCCCUUUUUAGUAUUUAACUGUGUUAAAAUGAGACUAUUGUCAGUCGCAAAAGAACUUCCUCUGAGUUCUGCGCCUUCUUUUUUUUGGCAAUACAUUGACAAAAUUAAGUCAAUCGCAAAAGCAAACCGCGUAGUAUGGCAAAAAAAACAUAUAGCUAUGUAUGAAAAAAAAAAUACAUAUUCAGCUUUAUUCUAAAAUGUUGAUUAAUUCGACGGUCAAUUUAGGUGAGGAAUCGACAUAAAUCUCUUCGGGUUAUACCUGCUAUGUAUGCCAAGUUUUUUUUUUAAAUAAACACGGAGUUUUUCUUUAUUUUUUUAUAGACUGCUAAAAAUAUGUAUUAUUAUAUAUAUUUUACGGUACUUUACCCAAAAGCCCUAAAGCUCAAAGCUGAAAAAAAAGUUUCACAAUGAAGUGUGAGAAAACAUUAAUUAGUUAGAUUUUAUAAUAGAACACUCUUAUGUAAUCACUGUAUGUACAAUAAAAACCAUAUAAAUUGGUUCUUACGA